CUUUAAAUGUCAUGGCGUCCAAGUCGCUGAUGUCAGUUCGUCAUUUCGCUCGAACAGAGUCAUUUUGCAGAAAACUGCAGGAAAAGUACCAAGUGAACCACUAGACAGCUUUUCCUGUUUUGUGUUUUAGGUAGUGGAGUGCAUACCAGGAAUGUGUCUUGAUGAGAUUGUUCAUUCAUCCAGAGAACUAUUGUGAACAGUUCAUUCUUCAAGAAGACCACUGACAUUACUACCAAUACCACUGAUAGUUUAUCACAGGACAAAAACUUGAUUUAUUGAAUCUUGAUGCUAUAAUUGAUAUAAAGCAGAGAGAAAACUAAGCUUGGCAAUAUAGGCAUUUCCAGCAGCAUAGCAGAUGUGUUAAGCCCAGAGAAAGUUCUUGUAGUUUCUUAAGAAAGUUAGAUUUUAAACGUAAAAAAAAUAAUCAUCUGAUCUGAUAUAUUGGGUUUUACUUUUAGUUGACUAGAAGUAGAGAACUUCCAAAAAAUAAUGAAGCUCCAGAGCAAAAUUGAUCAUUCAAGAACCUUUGAAAUGGAAGAACCUAUAGCGGUGCCUCCUGUUGCAAGUCAAGAGGAACUGAUUGGUAGGAUUGCAGAAUGUGUGGCUGCAAGGGAUGACCGUGGACUUCAAGCUUAUGUCCUUGAGCAACAUCUUGUAGACCCACAUCACUUCUGGGAACUGACUAUUCUGCUGGCCCCACAGCUGACAACAGAAGUGCUGGAUAAGAAUCCACGGUUUUUCACCACUGUCAGACGAUGCCUGACGCAUUUUGCCCGGCAGGGUAAUGCCAAGGAAAUGUUCUUUGCUUUUCUUGAACAGGUGGAUGGUUUCAAGGAUGAUGCACUGUACAUCACCAUCCUCCCUUGCUUACAAAUCGUCCUUCUGAAAAUGCCGGUAAUGCGAGGCAGGUCUCUGGAGCUCGCCUUGGAUUCUCUUGGAGCCCACAUCCGAGGAAUACCAGUACCCAACAACUGGAAUUUAGAAGGCGAAGAGAGAAAACUGCUGGAAACAGAUUCAAGAAUUCAGCGAUUCUUGGACACAAUCCCUGCUUUUGUAACAUUUCUGGAGCCAUUUUUGAAGUAUGAUGACACACCUACAUCUAGCAGAAAUGCAGAUAGACAGUGGGAAGUAAAACUUUUAAAGAAGUCUUUACUAGCUCUCAUGGAGCACCCAUUUGUUUUCCUUGAUGUGCACCAUGACUAUAACACUGGAGCAGCAAAAUCUUAUAGCCGGGACUGUGUUGAACAGGUAGUUGAAAGCUUGGCCUGCAUUGAAUCAAACUUUUAUAAUUCUGUAGAAGCAGUCAAACAUGAGGUAAAAACUACUAGAGAUACAAAGAAAGCCUCACCUAAGAAGGACAUUGACGAAUCUGAGAUGGAUCAGAUGGCUGAGGAAAAUGCUGAAAAUGAACAACGUGCCUCUGGGGAAGGAAAUGGGCAAGAUGACACGAAAUCAGAUGAAGAAGAGAUUUCACCUUUAGCUGCUGCCUGCUUGGCUUACCUGGUGCAAGUAGAGCACCUGGGGAUUAAUCGUUGGCCCUUUGUGCAUACGCACCUCCACCUGCUGCAUUUUAUGUUGCCCAGCAUCCACGUUCUGUUGACUCACAUUGCUCACACUGCCGUGUACAAGGGGGUGGCAUUGUUUUCCCAUCGAUUGUCACUUCUUGGAGAUUCUUUGGUUCCUGCAGAUUCGUUGGAUGACCCCAAUUUUUUGGUAGCAGUAAAUGAUUUGAUAGGGGUCAUGAUCUACUGUCCCAGCUUUGAGCACCGAAGGUCAGCUCUGUCCACUUUUCGCACCCUCUUUACAAAACUGGAGCCUGUAGGGAGACGCCAGUUAAUGCAAGCUGUGCUUAGGUCUUGCCAGCAUUCUGGAGUAAAGUCUGUGGUGAUAGGGAUCCUAAAAAAUGAACUUGAUAGAGCACUGUGCAAGUACUCAGAAGUCAUUCAUAGUGAAAAAGCUCAGCAUGGCAUGAAGUCUUUAAGUGGAGGUGGUGCAGUUGGUCAAUCUAAAACCACUGAUACAGAAACACAAGAAGUGUUCUUUGGCACACAUCUGAAGCAGCUUCUUGAACUUGCUACUCAUCUACCAGAUGGAGCAGCUACAGAUAUGCUGGAACAGUCUGAUGUCAUUAUGGCUACAUUAAAUCUCAUACGCUUUCUUAUCCUGCGUGACCCAUGUAGCCUUGACCUCACAGGCAUUUGGGGCAUGGCUGAAUGGCUGGAGAAUGAGUAUCUGCAUUCAGUUCAGCUUGGGUUGGACAUGUCAGUUGGUCAUUAUCAACUGGAACUGGAUAAUUUUAAGAAAGGGGACCAAACCGCUGGUUCAAGACAAGGCAGGGGAUCAGAUCUCACAAUGUCAGUGUGUGUGGCAGGAAGUGAAUUGCCACCAAUGUCACGGGAGCAGCGAUUGCUUGUCAUGCAGUCUGCACUGACAACAUUUGACAUGAUGAAAUGUGUCCUUGCAAGAGUAAUUGAGCUAAUUGAUCUCAAGUGGAAAGAAACAGAAAAUAUUACAUCCACGAAAUGAGACAUGAUUAAUUGCAAAAUAACACAAUUACAAUUAAAAAACAGCAAUCUUACAUGUUGCUUAUAUAUCAGUAAAGCUGAUGAUUAGUGAAUAUUUAGUUAGGAAAUUUAUCUGUUAAGUCGAUGACCAAAAGCAUGGACAGAAUCCUGUUUUAAGGAGAAUUUAACUAAACUUGUUUCUUAGUAUCUUAUUGUCUUAUAGUCAUUGUGAAAGUCAUUACUGAUUUGAUGUGGAAUCCAGUCAUAUAGUGCAAGUGCUGAUCAGGAAAAAAUACAAUAAUACAUGACAAAAAAAAAGAUGAGGAAACAUUUUCCGUAAAGAGAGAGGCUAUAAUAUUUAUUAGAAACAAAGCAUUUAUGUUUUAAACUUACAAACUAUUUAGCUUUUUGUCUUGUCCUAUCAGUGUUGUAUUUUUCUAUGCCUUUAUCAUGUAUGCUAACAUGGACACAUACAAACUCAUGCACUCAGAAUUUGCGCGUUGGUAAAUGUGGACAUGACCUCACAGUUUAACUUGGAAUAUGUAAAUUUCCAGCAAAAGGCAUUAAUAAAGAGCGACGACAAAAGAAUAAUAUUUGAGAUGUUCCAAGUGCACAUAUGCAUGUUUUGUGUGUGUGGAAAGGUGCAUGCACAUGCAAGUGUAUGUGUGUGUUAAGGCAAGAGCAUAUAAAUGACAAGGGAUUGCAUCAAAAACAUUUAAAAAAUG